AUGCCGGGACCGCCAAUUCCACUACAAUCGGCAUCAUCAACAGGUUCCAGUACGGAUCAGCCAUUCAAGGAAACAAUCCUACAGAUCCUGAACAACCAACAUAUGCUAUUGGCCCGAAUGGCAGAACAAAUGACGAACAUACAAGGCAACGUCCAGAGCACAAGUCGGAACGAGCUGGUUCUAGAUUCUUUAGCGAGCAAUAUUACCGAAUUCGCUUAUGAUCCGGAGACGGGAUGUUGUUUCGACGCCUGGUUCUCCAGAUAUGCAGACCUCUUCGAAAAAGACGCAACUCAGCUGGACGACGACGCUAAGCUCUCAAAGGAGUACUCAUUUGAGCAAACGGUUGCCAAAUUAAGAACAAUUUUCGGCAGUCCGGUUUCCACUUUUCAUCGCCGGUACCAGUGCCUUCAGACGGCGAAAGAAGAGAACGAUGAUUUCAUCACAUACUCCUGUAAAAUGAACCGAGCUUGUGCCGAUUUCAAGCUACAAGAGCUGAAGGAGGACCAGUUCAAAUGUUUAAUCUUUGUGUGCGGCCUGAGAUCAUCUAAAGACGCGGACAUACGAAUGCGUCUGCUUUCUAAAAUCAAUGAGACGCAGGACAUCACACUGGAAAAGGUGGUGGAGGAGUGCAAAAGUUUAAUAAACUUGAAGCGAGAUACAGUGCUAAUUGGCAGUCAGUCCAUUUCCGCCGCCGCUGCAAUGCAUGCCGUCCGAACGAGUUCCCCCCACGGCAACCGCCGUAAGACGGAGAAGUUUGGCGGUAACAAAUCCGACACGCCAAAAACACCGUGUUGGUCUUGCGGUGGCAUGCAUUUUUCCAGUCAAUGCAAUUUCAAGGAUCACAAAUGCCGUGAAUGUGGUUGGACUGGCCAUAAGGAGGGCUACUGUUCCUGUUUCGCGUCAAAAUCACGUUCAAAGCCGUUCAAUGGGAAGCAGCAAAACAAAAACCACGCAGCCAAAAUUGUAACCGUCAGCAAUUUGAGGCGCGGCCGGCGCUAUGUGGAGACAGCAAUUAACGGAGUACCAGUUGAACUGCAGCUGGACUCUGGCUUAGACAUAACCAUCAUAUCCAGACAAAACUGGAUCAAUGUCGGGGCCCCAAAGACAUCUCCACCGAAUUGUCAAGUGCAGACAGCUUCAGGAGACAGAUUGGGUAUAGAAGCCAUGUUCCGAGCAACGUACACUAUCGGAGGAACUCAACAGAAAGGCUCCGACCUGAUGGAUGAGUUUGGGCUCUGGGACGUACCAUUUUCGUCCGUCUGUAAGCUGGUCGGUAGCCAACAACCUGAUCAGCAGAUAUUGGAAUUAAAAGCAAAGUUCCCCGAUGUGUUUACCAAUCGUAUGGGUCUGUGCACUACAACACAAGUGCGACUCACUCUCAAGCCGGACGCUCAGCCUGUAUUCAAACCAAAGCGACCAGUUUCAUACAACAUGGAAGCCGUUGUCGAAGAUGAACUGAAGCGACUGGAAGAUUUGGGCAUCAUCACUCCAGUCACCUAUGCGGAUUAG